UGAGAGACGACUUGCCAGAGCAGAAUCUGGUUGCGCAGAGAUGAGUGACAUAAGGUGCCUAGCAACUCGAGGCACGGACGCGGAACCUGAUUUACCUCCGUUGCCUCGACCCACGCGCUCACGGACUUUUCAACCAGGGCCUAAACCUCCCUGUUCGGAACCUCAACGUUUCCGUACCCAAUUGCUUGCACCGCAGAGAUUCAGGAAUGUUUUCACCUCCCCCAGUCUUCCCGUAACUAUGAGAUAAUAAUUCCUGCUCACCGUUCAUCUGAAGUCACGCCACGCCAAGGUUAGAAUGUCUACCCGUACAUUAUCUGAUGCGGCCCUGCCCGGGCCUAAAGCCAUCAAGCUUUCUCCGGUUUCUGCGCAGUCAACUAUAUAGUCCUCUCAUCCUUAUCAGAUCCUCGCAUUUGAGGCUUUCGCAGACCAGUUAUGAAUGAUGACGUACACUCAGCCUCUCCCCGAUGAAGAGGCCAUCCGGCCCGACGAGCAGACGCCGCUUCUCGGAACCGGAGCAGGCCAAGGAGAUGGCUCGGUCUCCGAAACCCACCGGGUGGAUCCCCGAAUCGCACGCCGGCUCUACCUGUCGCACUUCCUCUCGACUUGGAAUUCCCGGAUGUUCGAGUUCGGCGCCGUGCUGUACCUGGCGACCAUCUUUCCGGGUACACUGUUGCCCAUGUCACUUUAUGCGCUUGCCAGAGGGUUAUCAGCGCUAGUCUUCGCGCCUACAGUUGGACAGUAUAUCGACAACAAUGACCGAUUGAAGGUUGUGCGCGCAUCAAUUGUCUUCCAGCGACUCGCAGUAUCGGCAUCGUGCGUCUUAUUUUAUGUCCUUUUCAUCGGGCUACCGCUAGGUGAUUAUGGACGUCCGGCUCUGCUUGCGCUCCUCUCAUUCAUGGCUUGCGUUGAAAAACUGUACUCCAUCGUGAACAUGGUUUCAGUAGAGAAAGACUGGGUUAUUGUCAUCGCCAAGGGUGACAUCGAAGCUCUAGCAGUUCUCAAUGCGCAGAUGCGCCGCAUCGAUCUUCUCUGCAAGCUACUCGGGCCACUGUCCAUCGCUCUUAUUGACGGAUUCUCCACAAAGGCAGCGAUUAUCGUCAACUUCUCUAUGAACACCGCUUCUGUUGCUAUCGAGUAUUAUGCCAUUGCCAAGAUUUAUAACGAGGACCCUGAUUUGCAGGAGCUCAAGUCUAAGCCAAUGUCUACCUCCGAAACAACGGCAGCAUCGGUAAAUCCUGGCAAAAAGGUCCUGGGCCAUAUUAAGAGGUCCGUGUCCGACUUCAAGUUCUACUUUGGCCACCGCGCAUUCUUGCCAUCGUUUGCCUGCUCUCUACUAUACCUCACAGUACUGAGCUUCGGAGGCCAGAUGGUCACGUACUUGGUCGCAUCAGGUUUCAACACAACGUACAUCGGCAUUGCAAGAACAAUCAGUGUGGUUUUCGAGGUGUUGGCGACUUGGGUUGGGCCUUGGCUUGUGGGUCGAAUUGGACAAGUACGCGCUGGCCUUUGGAUGAGCAAUUGCCAGGUUCUUCCUUUGAUCGGCGGCUUAGUGGCUUUCUGGGUCUUCAUGCCGAACCCCCUCAUAUCGGCAACAAGCCUCGUGAUGGGAGUCAUUAUCAGCCGUCUUGGUCUCCGCGGCUUUGACCUAUGUACUCAAAUCAUCGUCCAAGAGGAAGUCGAAGCCGAGAGCCGUGGCAGAUUCUCGACAGUCGAGGCGGCCUGGCAAAGUGCAUUUGAGCUACUUUCAUACAUGGCGACCAUAAUCUUCUUCCGGCCUUCGCAGUUUAAUUGGCCCGCACUGGUUUCUGUUGCGGCCGUGACUUCUGCAAGUCUGGCGUACACGCUCUUCGUAUGGAAGAGGAGAGGGCAUCUGCUUCAUUUUGAGAAGUUUGGACUGUAGCCUGAACUCCAUCUAUUUACCCAACAUAUUACUGUAUAAAAAGGGGGAUUUUCAUGUGUAAUUGUAAUGAAAAUGGAAAGCAUGGGGACACCUUUACCACGGAAUUGUAAUUCCUCUGGAGACUUAAACUCUUCAAUGUUCAGAGUGUUGAGAUUGAUGUACUUUGCUGGCUAUUUCUCAACCAUGAUACCGCAGCAGAACUAUACAGCUUCCUUGGGCUUCUCAGAUAUUUGUUUCAUCGUCCCCUAUCCCGUUCAAACACCCUAGACAGGGCAAAGCACGGGUCCUGCGAGGGACUGGGUGCAGGACUCUCCGACCUUACCGAUACAACUUCCGGAGGUGCAGUCCUUGAUAAUUCCGUUUUGAGAGC